CUGGGAGCAGAGCUGCAGCCAGGGAGCCAGCAAAGAGCGGUUCCCUGACCCCACCCACCAGGGGCUCCAGGACCAGGAAGGACAGUGGAUCAGCACAGGCUGCGUAAGGAAAAUGGCAGGUACAAGAAGUUUCUGGGCAGAUUUAUUUUUAGACUGGGGCAGUAACCUUAGUGGUCUGUCCCAUGAGGAAUGUGAAGAAUUCCAGGCUGCUGUCUGUGCAGGAAACCUCGCUGAAGCCAUCACAGUGGUGAAGAAAUCUGACGCGUUGUUAAAAAAUACCAAGCUCGAUGUUGCCAUCACCGGAGAACAGGGCUCUGGCAAGUCAUCUUUCAUCAACGCCAUCCGAAGCCUAGCUGACGAUGAUGAAGGUGCAGCUGAGACCGAGGUGACAGAAUCAGCAAAGGAGCCAACUCCUUAUCCGCAUCCCAAGCACCCAAAUGUCAUGAUGUGGGACCUGCCUGGGAUCGGGACGCCAAAUUAUCCAGCAAACGCAUAUGUGGAGAAGGUGGAUUUUGCUCGCUAUGAUUUCUUCAUCAUUAUCACAGCAGGGCGGUUCCGAGAGUCGGAUGCCAACCUGGCCCAGGAGAUACAGAGGAUGGGGAAGAAGUUUUACUUUGUCCGCUCCAAGGUGGACGUGGACUUGGGCAGUGAAAGAAAAGGAAAAACGAAGGUCAAGGAGGAGACGGUCCUGCAGACAAUCAGAAACGAUUGCAUCAGUAACCUGCAAAAAGCAGGCAUCCUUUCCCCACAGGUUUUUCUGGUGUCGAGAUGGGACUUUGAGGAGUACGAUGCUCCCCGACUUCAGGAGACCUUUUCAAAUGAACUCGACACUCACAGGAGACAUGCCAUCUUUCAUGGCCUGCUCAGCACCUCUGAACAACCCUUAAACUGGAAGAAAGAGGCCGUGGAGCAGCAGAUCUGGAAGCAAGCCUUUAACUCGGGCGCUAUCGCUACCAUUCCUCUCCCGUUUCUCUCUGUUUGGUGGGAUGUUGGCAUCUUGGUGGAUAACGUGACCAAGUUCUGUGAGAGCUUUGGCCUAGACGACUAUUCCCUCAGAGCCCUUGAAAAGCCCAUGGGCAAGUCUGGUGAGCUGAAGACUGUGAUACAAUUCCCGCUGGCCAAAGAUAGAUCAAGAGAUGAGGCUUUCAAGCUUCUGAAAGAGGCUACAGGGCAGGUUAUGAUGAUAGCGAAGUAUUUCAUCAGCAUGAUCCCAGGGAUUGGUACUGUGAUAGCAGCAGUGACGUCUUACAGAGUCACGGGCAGAUUGCUGCGUACGUUUGUGGCUCAAGUUGCAGAAGAUGCUCAAAGAGUCCUGAAAAGGGCUUUGGAGGGAGCUGAGAAAAGAGAUUAACAACAGCCACAAAAGAGGAAGGUACCUGAUAUCUCAUGGCAGCUGGAGAUCAGAGCCAGCCGAGAGGGAAUGCAAAUACAGUGCAAAAAAGAAACUGUCAGAAAAGAUCUCCAGACUUUGGUGUAUUUUAAAAACAAAUAUUCUUUUCUAAAGUAGGGAAAUGGGUAAAAUUGAGGUAAAGGUCUCUGAUCCCACAAUUUCUGUUAAACGCCCCGAAGGGAAAAUUGAGGGAGACUCUCAGAACAAAUACCGUGUAACAAAACUUUGCUCUAUGUUAUUUGGUAAUAAUACCUGACACAGGUUUUAAGACAUACUCCAGUUUUCAUUAUUUAAGCUGCUGGGGCCAUACCCUCAUAUGGCGGGAAGUUAGUGUAACUUUCAUAGGGUCAUAGAUUCCAAGCGCAAAAGGGACCAUUGUGAUGACCAAGUCUGAUCUCCUGCACAACACAGGCCAGAGAACUCCUCUAUGAUCAUUCCUAGAGCAGAUCUCUUAGAGAAACCG